CUCAAAAACACCCAAUCAAUGGCUUCUCUUCAUCAACCAAUCUUCGAAAGUCACAUGGCGUUUGAUGUCCUGAUUGCCAACGUGGCAAAAAUCCAUGCAAGCAUCAGUAAGCUAGAGUCCUUAAGGCCUUCCAAGCAUGUCAAUGCCCUCUUCACUCAGCUUGUCAAGCUAUGCACCCUCCCAUCUUCCAUCAAUGUCCAAAACCUACCACCCGACAUGCAACGCAUGCGCCAGAGCUUGAUAGGCCUCUGUGGGCGAGCUGAAGGCCUUCUCGAGCUUGAAUUCUCCACUUUAAUUACCAAAAUACCCCGCCCUUUAGACCACCUAAACCUCUUCCCCUACUACACUAACUACGUCAAGCUCGCCGGACUAGAGUAUGGGAUCCUCUCUGAAAAUGGAGUGCUGCAACCUAAAAGGGUGGCAUUCGUGGGGUCCGGUCCCAUGCCGCUAACUUCCAUUAUCAUGGCGAUCCACCACAUGAAAACAACGCGCUUCGACAACUACGACAUCGAUGAAUCGGCAAACAACCUAGCCCGCCGGAUUCUCGCAACGGAUGAUGAACUAGCAAAGAGGAUGGAGUUCAAGACAAGUGAUGUGAUGGAUGUGAGGGAGGAGCUAGGAGAAUUUGAUUGCAUUUUCUUGGCAGCUCUGGUGGGGAUGACUAAGGAAGAGAAGGUGAAGGUGGUGGGCCACCUAAGGAAGUAUAUGAAGGGUGGAGGUAUUUUGCUAGUGAGGAGUGCAAAUGGAGCUAGAGGAUUUUUGUACCCCAUUGUAGAAAAGGAUGACUUGCAUGGGUUUGAGAUUCUGUCCAUCUUCCAUCCUACAGAUGAAGUUAUAAACUCAGUUGUACUUGCACGCAAGCCCAUCGCAUAAAAGAGUUAGGAUGCGUGUGUUUGAUU